GCGCAUAUUCUGACCCUCCAAACCCCCGGGUACACCUGUCAGACUGCUCCUGCACGGCGGCCUAUCAUGCAGCCAAGCGAACUCCUGCACGCAGGGAGGUUGGGCAGGAUAUGCAUCAGCAGUAGCCCAGCAGGCGCACGCAUCUGACAAGUGAGAUCUCGGUUUUGGCGGCCACCCCUCCACACCCUUUUAGGCGCUGAUACUUGCAGCAGCAGCAGCAGCAGCAGCAUGCUCAAAUGAGAUCCAGCCCAGCGAGAUCCCGACCUUCCUGAAAGGGCCCACAGCUCCCUCAUCCUGCCUGCCCUUUCGGCCCUUGGGUCCCAACGGCCUUUCACUGGAGUGGGAGAGAGGCAGCGGAUUGUCCAGCCUGAGGAGAGCCCAAGCUGCAGCUGCAGCAUGCAGGGUGCUGCCGCCGCCGAUGCUGAGGCUGUCACCGAGCCCGCGCCAAGCCAUGAUGGUCGCCGUUUAUCUGUCGUUUUCUCACUUUUGGAAUGCUCCCCAUGCCCGCAGAGGGGUCCGCCAUCCCCCAUUCGCCUCGAGGGUCCUCCCCAGCAGGCGCGCAGCCCCAGAAGCUCUCAGGUUCAGCCCUGGGUCCGAGGGCGAUCUUUCUCUUUCUCCGGCGCGCCUGAGUCGCACGGCAUGUGAUCGACGCGCCUUGUGUGUAUGCGCUGCUUCUUCUGCGUGGGGCGGUGCGACUGAUCUUUGUCAGCCAAGAUAUUCGACGACCAUGUGGCUGUUUCCAAAGCCCGAUGUCAAUUGGGACCCAUUGGUUACGGGAGCGUCGAGUCAAGCCUUGCGUGCAUGUGAUGCUCUCUGCUGGGCAGCGACCCUGCCGCUCUCUGCAAGGUGAUAUCUGACCGGCUGCCAGAGCCAUGACAGUUCUCCCCCGGCUCAUCUGCCAGAGCAUUAGCCUACCCUGCCGGAGAUGGGAAUUUGGACGCCCCAAGCCUCUCGACACAAACCAUUUUGCCGUUCUGCCGUUGAGACCUACUGCCAACAGUGGGAUAGAGUUGCGAGUCGGGGACGCCGUUGGACGGGGGCGAAACGCCCGUGAGAUGCGCGGGCGAUCUCGGGGUCGGAUGUUCGUGAUAGCAUGGCUCUUAAGCCACAUGGGGCUUGGACGUUGGUUGGGGAGCGACCAUUUUUGGAUCGACGGCCUCCGGAGUUGGAGUUUGGAUGGGUGACAUUUGGCUUUGGUGAAGAGGGUGGGUGGGGAGUGAAGAAGAUCUGGGUACGUAUGUAAUAUCAUGCACCUGGUGCAGCUGUCAGUGAGAUAUAGCCCAGGCUUCUCCAGCCAGAGCCACGUGUGACGCGUGGACAGGCAGCCGAUAUAUUCUCGUCGCCCGAAGUGCUCCCAAUGCUCUGCUGUGUUGCGCUGUGCUUCUACGACAACUGUAUCGGCUAUGCCCCGGACUCUCCUCAGAAAGGACGCGAACACACUAGUCUUCUCGAGCAGUUGGUAGCAAGUCUCGAUGUCCACAGUGCCACAGAGACAGCAUCCUCGACCGCCAUGAUUCGUUCGCAUGGCAGGAUCUUGUCUCCGAUACAACAUGGCGAUAAUCAAGGGUCCGCAUGGGCAAGGCCCAGGGCUCCCCACGGGCAUCCCACGGGGGCUGAGCAGCGUGGGGGAGCAGGGGCAGGAAAAGGAGGAAGCCCUUGCCGACGCCUCCCCAACUGGCAAUAUGAGCCACUCGGUCUAACGCGCCCAGGCCAAAUACCCAGCCCUCGGGGAUAUUCCACUCAGGUAGCAUGUUCCACGUGCGGCGGACACGGCCGCAGACCGUUGCGGUGACAUGUGUCGGAGGUGAGAGCGGCACGCAGCCCUCCAGUCCAUCCCUCCACCCACCCACUGGCACCCUCCCACCUCCCCAUCCAGGGGCUCACCACCCUAUCAAGAAGCGCAGUGGGUGAGUGAUGGGCUCAGACGGACGGGCGGGCAGGCCGUCCCUUCGCCUCUCCGCCCUAAAGGCGAACAUCACCGUGAAUAACAAGCACAGCACGCAACGCACGCGCGGCGGAGAUGCAAUAUGCAACGGCACGCAGCAACCUCGCAACCAUCGCGGGGAAAAGCCAAACUUUGCCCACAAGCUCCCGCUCCCACGUGAGCAGCAGCACAAGCAGCAGCCGAAGUAAGAGAGCGGGGCGGCCGUGCCGGGGGUCGGGUGGGUGCGCGGGUCGCUGUCUAUCUCGGCCCCCCCCCCUGCCAGCCAGGCUGCUGCUCGACUUGAGCUUCCCUGUGAGAGGAGGAAGUGCAACCUGGCAGCGCACGGUGAAGUUGAGGCAAGGCAAGGGAAGGGGAGGUCUUUUUUUUUUUUGCCCUUCCCAGGUCCCCGGGUUGGCCGUCGCCUCGCCCGCUUUGCAUCAAAACACCCGACUGCGACGCUCCCAGGGAUGUCAUGACUCUUGAGAGGCGGAGGGAGAGUAUGAUCGAGGGCCUGCAGGGCGGGAGCGGGCAUCUCCAGGGUAUGUCCACCUGCCAGGGCGUGGAGAAGACAAGGUUGAUAAGCGUCGGUUGGAAGCCCGUUGGCGAAGAAAGAAGACCGGAAGAAAGAAAGAAAAAAAGGUUCGACCUGAGCAGUCACGAAUGUCACCGUCGCGGGUGCAUAUACCUUCCUAUUACAAGUAGUCACACAGCCGGGUUACUUUUAUUCUGUUCUUGACGGGCUGACUGACACGAAGGGGGGACCCUGCCAGCCGUUGUGGAUUGCUCCGCG